GCACUGUGGGAAGCUGGUCUGAUUUGAAGCGAAGUGUGGCAUGACGAAAUUCUGUGCGGUUGGUUUGGGAAUGUGCGCAUUCGUUCGUGAAAAUGAGAAAAAGAGUGCUGGUGCGCGGUGCAGUUGAUUCUAUGGAUUGUGCCAAAUAAGUACUGUAGAAGUUUGUCAGAUUCAGUAAAAGUUCUUCAAAAUCAGCUCCAGGCGCUCUGUACUCGUGUACCUUGCCGAGACUCCGAUUGCCUCAUGAGUUUUUGACAAUUAAGGCUUUCAUGUGAUUUUGUGAUGGCGCAUUGGUUUCAUCGAAACCCACUGAAAGCCACGAGUGUGUCAAACUUCGAAUUGAAGCUUGUUACAGCCGACACACAGGCAAUCCAUCUCUGCUCGGAAUUGAGAUCCGCUCGUUCUGCGCUGCUGAAUCUCUUGCCGGAUCCGAAUGAAUCCUGUAGUGCGAUUGAAGGGGCGCUUCGAAAAUAUUUAGAGUUAUUUGUAGGUUUCAUUGAAAUGCCGGACCAAGAUUAUGGACUGGGCGAUAAAUUGCGGUGGUCUUUGAGAUUUCGAUGGACCAACAGUAUGCUUGGCAGCGCUCCUGAGGCUAGAAAUGAUGCUAUGUUUGAAGCAGCUUCGAUUAUCUUGAACGUAGCCAUGUGGUACAUGAAAUGUGCGGCUCGUAUCGCCGCCAAAGAAGCAAUCACAAUGGAUGAAGCUAAAGUUGUACACAGUACUUUACGGAAAGCUUCCGGUUUGUUUCACUUCGUGGAAAGUGACAUGAUUCGCCAUUUGCGAGGAACUAAUGCAAUUCCAGGCUCCGAUCUCGAUCCACGAGCCUACAAUUACGCAGGAGAAAAGUUACUGUCAGAUGACAAAGGUGGUCUAGCCGUUCGUAGUCUUCGAGAAAGCCAGAAAAAAAUCGCUGAGGCAACUGAAGCAUGUAAAUUGUACUCGAAAGUGAAAGGAGUUGGUACCACUACAGUUGCAAAACCUGUUCAGCAUAUUUUCUUCAGGAAUUUAAAUUCUCGAAUCACGAGAACACUUGAGAAAUGUGAACGUGAAAAUGGCUUGAUUUACCACGAGAAGAUUCCGUAUGAUCCUCCUGAACUGGAGCUGAAAGCCACCUACGGAUUGGUUGCUCCAGAGGCUUUUAUUUUGCCACCUGUGUCCCCUUUAUGGACGCCUUUUGUUUAUCGAGCGGUGGACAUUUCCAAGAUUGCGCCGAAUGAGAAACCAGCCAAACCUGAAGCCAAUAUUGAGCCUGUGAAAGAAGUUCCAGUAGACGUGAAUUCCAAGGACCCCCAGAACGAAAGUGGAUGCGUUCUGACGUGAUUUAGAGGGUAUUUUAAGUAAUUUUUUUCAAAAUUUAUCAAGGAAGGAAAAGGAAUGAUUUGUCUUUUGUGAUCGUGAAACAUCUUGGGUUAUUUGCGUGUGAGGAUAUUUUUGUAAUCGGAUUCAGUUCAUUUUUCUUGUGUUCUGGUCAUUUUACGGAUGUCAUUUUUCACGUAUUUUCUUUUGCGGGGAUCCUCGUAACUUGACACGCAAUGGUACAUUAAUUUACAUGUUUCUACGCCGGAUGUCUAGUACUUUCUAGUCUGUGACAAAUUGACGUAAUGCUUUUUGAGAAAAUCGGCUCAGUUCAUGAGAUAGUUUCACGAAAUUUAGUUGAGUUUUGUUGAAGACGCAGUUUUUUUUUUCAAAAUAUAAGUUACGUAAAUACUGUACUGUAUUGUGAAUUACCUGUCCAAGAUUUCCGGUACCUCGACUCGAGAUGUAUACAUGUCGGGCGGGGUACGAGCGUUCGCUGUGGAGUGUGUGGACUUCUUAUUUCUGUCGAGGUUAAUGCUCUUCUCACGUAUUUCUUGGGUUUCAUGAAAUUGAGUUUGGAAUUCAAAAUUUUAAAUUCCAAUUAAACAUCCUAAAUAGGAUGACAUUUUCUAAAGAACUAGCAAUUUUUAACCAUUGUUUCAGUGUGCGAGUCUGGGAAAUUCCGUACAGGUAAUGAUAUCGUAAUCGUCAAUCGUGCGUAGAAUGCUAAUGAGCGUCGAUAGUCAAGGAAAAAAAAAAACGUGGAUAUACUCUGUCUUGUUUAAUAGUGUAA